CGCGUCCGUAAUAUCGCUCCACUUAGAAUCCGACAGUUUAUGGUAAACAGCGUGAUUCUAUUCAUCAUGGCUGACGAGCCAGCACCAUCCAUUGCACAAACCGAGGCUGAGCCCCUACAAGACGAAAACGCCUGUCCCAAGCAAACCCAAGACGAAUACAUAGGACUCAGGCGAAACGUAGGCCUGUCUGGGGCGGUGGCAUUCCUUGUUGGAACUAUCAUAGGCUCCGGCAUCUUCGCUACUCCUCGCUGGGUUUUGCUAUAUACUGGAUCUGUGGGACUAAGUCUUCUCGUUUGGGCACUAUGCGGGAUGAUAGCACUCUUUGGCUCGCUGAGCUAUGUGGAGCUAGCUCUCAUGAUUCCACGAUGUGGUGGCGAGUACGCUUACCUGAUGCAGGCUUUUGGGCCCUUCGCAGCUUUCCUCUACAGCUGGAUCUCAGUGUGUUUCCUCAAACCUGCCACAGUGUUAAUUCUGCUUGCGUUUGGGGCCUAUGUGAUAGAACCGUUUUUUCCUCAUUGUAGCCAUCGUGAGGACCUGGUGCCUGUUAUCAAGAUCCUCGCCGCCUCCGCGUUGGGAGUGAUCACUAUCGUGAACUGCGCAAGCGUAAAGUGGUCGAGUCGAAUACAAAUCGCCUUCACUGUUGGCAAGAUGAUUGCUAUACUAAUGUUAGUCUUGACGGGGAUCGUGCGUAUUGCACAAGGCCAUGUGUCAAGCCUCAAAGACUCGUUCCAGGGCACUGCAACGAGCUUGGGGAUGGUCGGCUUCGCAUUUUACAACGGGCUAUUUUCAUAUGAUGGAUGGAACCAGCUGAACUUCUUUGUUGAGGAGAUAAAGGAGCCAAACAGAACUGUGCCGAGGGCAAUAUGGAUUGCUAUUCCACUUGUUACCGCUAGCUAUGUUCUCGUCAAUAUCGGAUAUCUCUCAGUGUUGACUCCCGAUGAGCUACGGGCCUCAAAUGCUGUUGCUGUGACGCUUGCAUCACGGAUGUAUGGAGUCAUGGCGUGGACCAUCCCUAUUCUCGUCGCUUUUUCGACCUUCGGUUCCGCAAAUGGGAAUUUUUUCUCGGGAGGAAGGCUUGCGUACGCUGCCGCACGAGAGGGCCACCUCCCGGAGCUCCUGGCAAUGGUCCACACCAAGAGACACACCCCAAUUCCGGCAAUCCUCUUCAGCUCCACUAUCUCAUGCAUCAUGCUAAUUCCUGACUCGUCCAAGUUCGAGACUCUGCUAAACUUUGGCGCGUUCAUUGUAUGGCUCUUCUACGGCGUCACAAUGUUCUCCAUAAUCUGGAUGAGAGUUCGACAAAAGGACAAAACUCGACCGUACAAGGUUCCUAUUAUUCUGCCGUGCCUCAUGACAUUGCUGUCAAUCUACUUGGUCGUCGCGCCCUUCUACCAGGCUCCUUUACCCUCAUUUUAUGCGCUGCUGGCUGUCUUGUCCGGGAUCCCUGUGUAUCUCUUCUUUGUCCGAUACAAAGUUCUACCGCAAUGCAUUAUGGAUCGUUAUGCUCGUAUCACGGUCCGGAUACAACUUGUCUUGGGCGUCGCACUCCCAAAGUCCGAGAAAGAACUGAUUUAAUGGAACUAAACCAAACGUACAUAUUCAACAAUAUGCAUCGAAUAAAAAUAUAUUUGGAGUCAAACAUUCUUAUCACAGGUUAGAUUAGGAAUCACAUAGAUACGUGGCCAAAUCGAGGACGCAAGAUAAACAUAUAUUGCUAUGGAUCAUUUUUAAUAUUUUUUGUUUGCGAAAAACCUACAAAAUUCGGGAAAAGAGCAUGGACCAGCCAACCCACGUCGUGUUAGUAAGCGUCUAAAACACAGAAACUGUAGCUAUGGCCUUUGAAUUGCAUUGUGUUGUAUAAAUAAAUAUCAAUCAAACAGAA